CGAGCGGCGGAGCGCGAGCAGGAGAUUGACCGCUGGCGGGUCAAGUGCGUCCAGGAGGUGGAGGAGAAGAAGCGGGAGCAGGAACUUAAAGCUGCUGCCGAUGGUGUCUUGUCUGAAGUGAGGAAAAAACAAGCAGACACCAAAAGAAUGGUGGACAUUCUUCGGGCCUUGGAGAAAUUGAGGAAACUCAGGAAAGAGGCUGCAGCAAGGAAAGGGGUCUGUCCUCCAGCCUCAGCAGAUGAGACUUUUGAGCAUCAUCUUCAGCGACUGAGAAAACUCAUUAAAAAACGCUCUGAACUAUAUGAAGCUGAAGAGAGAGCCCUCAGAGUCAUGUUGGAGGGAGAACAAGAGGAAGAGAGGAAGAGAGAACUAGAAAAGAAACAGAGAAAAGAAAAAGAGAAAAUUUUAUUGCAGAAGCGGGAAAUUGAGUCCAAGUUAUUUGGAGAUCCAGAUGAGUUCCCGCUCGCUCACCUCUUGCAGCCUUUCCGACAGUAUUACCUCCAAGCUGAGCACUCCCUGCCAGCACUCAUCCAAAUAAGGCACGAUUGGGAUCAGUACCUGGUGCCAUCUGAUCAUCCUGAAGGCAACUCUGUUCCCCAAGGAUGGGUCCUUCCGCCGCUUCCCAGCAACGACAUCUGGGCAACUGCCAUUAAGCUGCAUUAGUAAAAACGCUCCAGGAGUGUGGACCAGGCAAUGCUCUCUCCAGCUCUGAACAUUAGUGAUGCUGCCAUCUUCUUGUGCUGCAGACCAAACAACAACCUGUAAACUCCACAUGGCAUGGCCCUUCCCAGAAGUUCCAUUUUCCUACCAUGCUCUGUCCUGGCCAAAUGGGCUUUGGAAUCAGAUUAAUAUGGUUCUUUGGAAAGGACCUAGGUGGACUGGGGCUAUUGCCACAUGCCUUGGCUCACUGAAUUUGCCUCUGUUUUGAGGAGCUUGGUCCAGAGUGACUGGCUAAUUUACUCAAUUUCCUGUGUGGCAAUGGGUAAGUACAUGCCAAACACUCAACACAGGUGUGCUCUGGGUAGUUUAGUAGCUCUCCCCCAGUACAGAGUGUGAAGGCAAGCUUGAUGCAAAACCUCCAUAUCCUUCCUACCCGUGUAGCCCUCUAACUUCCAGGAAGAAAGGGGAAAGAUGCUUUAUCUGGGAAGCCCACUUUUGGUGCAGCUUGAGAGGCUGUGGGCCGCAGGCUGGGCUGGAGUAAAGCUGGUGGCUUAGUCGGGUACUCAUUUGGAGAACUCAGGACACCUGAAGAGUACCUACACCUACACUGGAUCGUGUUUUAAUGGGUGACGGCUGCAUUCUCCCUAUGUUAGAAGGAUCCUAAUGAAAGGAACUGCUUUGUAAGUUCCUAGAGGUCUAGUUGUUCAGAAUCCCUAAGGAUAGAAAUUUAUUUCCCUAUGGGAGUAGGACCUUAACCUCAUGUACUCAGAAGGGGCCGGUAUAACUGUGGAAUUUCUUAGGAAUAUUCAUGUAGUUAAAGCUGGGGGGAAAGCAGAUAAAAAUAAUGUUUAUUUUUUUAUAUUCAUUAAUAAAUGCUCUUGUGCCUGGAGAUGAUCAGUGAUAUAACA